AUGUUGCUGAAGUUUGCAGCUAAGUUUGUAGAAAGAAGAAGAUACUCGACAAAAAGUGAAUUGUUGAGUUUCAAUUGUAAUAAUAAUAAUAAUAAUGCAAUUGUAAGACACGUACCAGUGAUGAAGCAUGAAGUCGUCAGGCUGUUCAAGGAAAACAGUUGCAAAAACAUUUUGGAUUUGACAUUUGGGGGAGGUGGGCACACUGGAGCUCUCUUGAGAGAGAUUCCUGGUGCAGUUGUUUAUGCACUGGAUAGAGACCCUGAUGCCCACAAAACUGCAGUGACGAUGGCAUCAACUGAGACAAGAUUAAAACCUUUGUUAGGAAAGUUUAGUGAAGUGAAAGAUGUGUUGUACAAAACCUAUGGUGUUCAAUCAUUAGAUGGUGCAUUGUUGGAUGUUGGAGUGUCGUCGAUGCAGUUCGAUGAGGUUGAUCGAGGGUUUGCAUUGAGUGCUGAUGGUCCUCUCGAUAUGAGGAUGGAUAAGGACAGAGAUGCUACCCAGCUGACAGCAUACGACGUGGUGAACCACAUGAGUGAAGCCAAUUUGUUUCUGAUUAUAAAGAAGUAUGGUGAGGAGAAGAAUGCAAGGUUCAUAGCUCGAAGCAUCGUUGAUCAUCGAUAUGCACAUGGGGCCAUUAGAUCCACCACUCAACUGGCAGCCAUCAUUGCUAAUUGCUUUUCAAAUCAUGAUUACAAGCAAGACAAACUGCAGAGACCUGCACACGUUGCCACUAAAACUUUCCAAGCCAUCAGAAUAUUUGUGAAUAAUGAAUUGAAUGAACUGAACCAGGCCCUGCUAAAUGUUCACAGUUUGUUGGUUCCGGGAGGUCUGUGCGUUGCCAUAUCCUUCCAUUCACUGGAGGAUCGAAUUGUCAAGAGACAUUUUCACGGCAUUGAUAUGAGAGAAGAUCUUUGCCUUAGCAUUAGAGAUAGGGCGAGACGAAACUUGGAUCGAGAUGAAAUAGAAAGUAUCGUUAAGAAGAACUGGGUGGUGGAAAACAAAAAGAUCAUUGUUCCAUCAGAUAAAGAGGUCACGUCAAAUCCUCGUUCAAGGUCUGCCAAAUUAAGAUACGCAUUCAAAGCACGUUUAAAAUAA